AUGAACCUGCGCAACGUCGAAGCCAUGCAUGCCAUGGAAGUCGAAGUGCUCCGUCUGACUCGAAAGCUGCGCGACAUCGAACAAGUGCUAAAAAUCGAAGAGGUAGCCCCAGAUGCCUCUAGACCGUGCGUUGGGUGUGGCGACUGGCAAACUGCCAAAGGCAAGCACAGGCGGCAGCUCGAUGCGUUGGCACGACAACAAGAUAAGCUCGCCAAGGACCUACUAGACGAACGGGCAAGUAGUAGUAGUACUAAGGCCUACUGUACUAGUGUGGUGGUUUAG